AUGGCGAUCGAGAUUCCUGAGAAAAUGCUUGCCGCGCAAGUGGUCGAGUUUAAGAAGCCUCACAAAAUCCAUGAAAUUCCCACUCCAGGGAAGGAUCUGGACGAGAAUGAUCUCCUUGUCAAAGUAGCAGUUGCAUCGCUCUGCCAUACUGACGGGAUGGUAACGAAUGGCGCGUUCGACACCAAUCUCCCAUGUAUUGCAAGUCAUGAAGGAGCUGGUACUGUUGUCAAAGUUGGAUCAGCAGUUCAAGGGUUCAAAGUUGGUGACCGAAUCCUGUGCAGUCUCACAUAUCAUCGUUGCGGCAUCUGUUCAGAUUGCCAGGGCCCAGAACAAGACCGACAGUACUGUGCCAACGUUGGUGGAUACAAUGGAGUCACACGUAACGGCGCCUUUGCAGAAUAUGAGGUUGUAGAUGGAAGAGAAUGUUGGGUUUUGCCUGAAAAUGUCAGCUUUCAAUCCGCCGCACCCUUGGCCUGUGCCGGAAUAACUAUUUGGGGUGGACUCGUUCGGGCGGGAUUGAAGGCCGGCGAAGCAGUGGCCAUUGUGGGGGCUGGCGGGGGCCUAGGACAUCUUGGGAUUCAAUUUGCUAAAGCACUGGGCCUCAUUGUGAUAGCCAUUGACGCUCGUGAUGAAGGGUUGCAACUUGCAAAAGACUGCGGCGCGGAUACUAUAGUUGAUGCGCGGAACGGGAAAGAUCAAGUGGUCGAGGAGGUCAAGACAGUGACGGGUGGAGAAGGAGCCCAGGCAACGCUGAACGUCAGCGACCAUGAAACCGCAGCUGCAACUUCUGCAGCUGUCACGAGAAUGCAUGGUCUUCUCAUCCAGAUCGCGCAGCCUGAAAAUGUUGCCGUACCAUUUCACGAGCUUGUUUUCCGGGAUAUCAGAAUCCAUGGAAGUUUGACCGGCUCUCGUACGGAAGGGCAGAAAAUGCUGGAUGUUGUAUCUAAGCACAAGAUCAAAGUAAAGACAACUGAAUUUAACGGCAUCAAAGAGGUGCCGAAAGCGAUUGAGCUUGCCCACUCCGGGAAGAUGUCUGGCAAGCCAGUUAUCAUAAUAGACCAGCAAGCGAUUGAAGAUCAAAAACGCUCGGAAAUUGAAAUGAUAUGA